ACCCCGCAUAGUGUUUGUUUAUCCGGAGAUAUGUCGUCAUGACAUGAAAACGUGACAUCAAACAGGAACUAUAGAAAGAAAGGCGGACAAAUCAAGAUGGCGUUCCACGAUGAGGCAGGAAAGAGGUUUCGAUUCCAGUAAAACGUAUUGCUUGAGAAAGUUUAAAUGUGCAUUUGUGGGGAGGUGUAAAUACGUUUUUGGAGAAGCUAGACGGCGCAGAUACUGACUCUAAAUGGCUGCGAGGAAGUCUGAUAUCCACAACAAUGGACCCGUCAGUUACCUUGAUGAUGUUCCCUUCAAAAUCAAUGAGAAGUUUCGCUGCCCUGCCAAAGUGGGGCUUCCUGUUGGCUUCUGCUUACCGGACUGUGGGUCUGUGCUCACCAACCUUCAGUAUGACUUCUCCCUGGAGAGGCGGAGCGUGCGCUGGGGAGCAGAGCUGGCCGAGGCCAGGGCGGCCGAGGUCCGGGCUGAGCAGGCGGCCAGGGCGGAGGUAGAGGGCAGGGCGCAGUCGCCCCCUGCCCAGGACCACGACGGGGGCUCGGCUGACGGGGGGCGAAAGCGACGCCCCGCCGAAGAGCAAGAAACCCUUCCGCCUGCGAUGAACCCACUGAUGGCCGGCCUGCGCCACAACGCCAUCCUCACCCCACUGCCGGCGCCUGCCAGGCAGAACGCGCCCAGCGUCCCGGUGCCACAGUACCUGAACCUGGCAGACUUUGAGCGUGAGGAGGACCCCUUUGACAAGCUCGAGCUGAAGACACUAGACGACAGGGAGGAACUGCGCAACAUCCUCCAGAGCCAGCCACAGCAGCCCCCGCAGUCAGUCUCCCCCCCGGAGGCGCCCCAGCCCAGGCCGGCGUCCCGAGGCGGCACACCCCCGCCCCAGGUCCCUGCCACCGGCCCCCCGGCCAAGACGGGCUUCGCCCACAAACCCAACGGGCUGGUGACCCUGUUGGACUUGGACAAAGUGGGGGGUCUUGUCCUGGGACGGACGAUGGACCCCGACCGGCCCUGCAACAUCCGCUCUCUCACCUUCCCCAAGCUGUCUGACCCCGGGGACUCGCCGCGUGACCCCAUGUGUCCGGUCCCGGCACCGCGUAGCCUCGCCAAUGGCAGCCCGCCGGCACCGCAGUACAAGGCAGAGGAGACGCCGGUUCACAUUCUGCAAACCCAUAAUGGGGCACCAAAGCAGGUAGAUGCAGGCCGCCCACGUCUCCCGUGUGGCGGGGAGCUGCUGAGCCUUUCCCCCAGUGAACGGCAGUGUGUGGAGACCAUUGUGGCCAUGGGCUACUCCUAUGAAGGGGUCCUGCGGGCCAUGCAGAAGAGGGGCCAGAACGUGGAGCAGGUUCUGGAGUACCUGUUUAUCCACACGCGUCUUUGUGAGCGGGGAUUUGAUCCCAGUGCUGUAGAGGAAUGCUUGGACAUGUACCAGUGCUCUGAAGACAAGGCUUUUGAGUUUCUGUCGCUGAUGACUCGGUUUGGCGAGAUGGGCUUUGAACGGGACACCAUCAAGGAGGUGCUGCUGGUGCACAACAAUGACCAGGACAAGGCCCUGGAAGACCUGAUGUCCCGUGCCGCAGCCAGUUGAUCCGCCCCUCCUGCCAUCCACGCACAGUCCCACUGGCUGACUUUGUCCCUCCUCCCACACACAUCCACCCGCCCCCCCCCCUCCACGUUACACUCCAACCCAUACAGCUCGUGACCCCACCCAAGUGGCCCACUCAUAAAACAGUGAUCCAAGAAGAACGACUCCCAAGAAAGAGCGCAAACUUUCCCCCGCGCACACUUCCAUUAACGAUGCACACUUGUGGCAGUGUGGAGCGGAAGCCAAUAGGUAUAAAAGAAGAGAAGUGAGAAGCUGCAAAGUGAGUACGUUGGGCUUGUCGUUGACCGCGCCAUGGAGCCCUUGCCUGUUUUAGGUUUCCUAGCUUUUUGAUCAUAACAGUUGGAAUGGAGGUGUGAACUUCCUGAAGAACUGGUGACGUGACGUUACCCAGCAUUUCGGGGUAUGGUGGUGCGUGUCUGGCUGUGAGUGGCACAGGGGGAAGGGACAGCGGAAUAAUGUAUCCAGGAUUGGGAGGAACCACUAGCUUGGUUCGACUUACUACCGACACACAGUGGACACACCCAGCUAACUAAGCUGCCAUCUUCCACUGCUCAACGCAGGCCUUCUAAUUGGCGUAGGAGAGGGGGGUGCCAAGCAGCCUGGCUGGGACUAACGGACCGACCGACACCAGGACCUAGAAAAAAUUUAAAACAGAAAUGACGUAUCAACGUAGAACAGAGAACUGACUCCCGAGAAGUGCCCUCUCUGUUCCCGCGACUGGCGUUCACUGAUCUUCUGUCUUUCCUCUGUUGUUUUGCUUGUUGAUUUGUCUGUCUGUUUCAAAAGGACACAUUCUCUCUCUUUGUGAGUCCUUUUAAAGAUUUCUUUGCUUUCUGUUUUAGGAACUGCAUUAACAGAACCUUGAAAGUGAUAAUAUAGCAGGUUCUACGGUCCAGUUGUUCCUCCUGCUGUGGAACAGACUGACGAGAACAAGGGAGAAAGCGAUGGGGAACAUUUAAAAAUUUUUUGGCAGAAAAAGAAACAUGUACAAAGACUCUGAUGUGUUAUGCAUCUCACCAACAUAGAUAUUGACCUAUUUAAAACCACGCUGACAUUUAAUAAAGCGAUAGUGGGAAGGUAAACAGAUAAGCACAAAAACAUAUGCUUGUAGUGUUUGAAACAGUCCCCAGUGAUUUUGAGAAAAAUUAUGGAAAUGUUAAGUUUAGGUUGUUCUGCAACCAAGAAUUGUGUGCAAUAUAUGUUUUAUGUGUGACUGACUGGCACUUUUUUUGAGACCCAUUGAACUUUGGGCAUCCCUGAGAGAUCUCAAAUUGAUUGCCUUUGCUGGAGACACGCUCACUGGAGGAGUAAGGUUAUUAUAAUUUUUUUUGCUGUUAUUUAACUCCCUCAUUACUGGAGAAUAGGCUCCACUAUCAACUAUAAUUAUGGUAUCUGACUGACUCAUCUCAGUUAUGCAGACUAAUGGGUUUUGGUUAUAGGAAUUGGACAGGCAAAUCUUCAAGAAUGGAUCAAAAGAUCUGACAGGUUAUUAGUUACAUAGUAACCAAAUUCAUGAGGGUGCUGUUUUAUGUUGUAAUUGUACUUGAUAUAGCUGCACCUUGUAUUGACCCCUUUUAAAUUAAUGACCUGUGUAGAUCAAUCUACAGGUGUCUUCGGAAGUGCCGUGAUGACACUCCAUUUCAUGUGAAAGGGUAACUUGCCCGCUCCCAACCAAGCAGCCAGUCACACUUCAAGGUUACUUUCUUUGUGUUAAGAUGAGAGAAUGUCUUUAGAACAAGUCUUGAUCGUUUUCCUGGUUGUCAAGGUGAUCCUGUGACAUGUUACGUGACUAGGGGCUAAAAUGUUAAGGCUAUAUAACGUUACCAUAGAAAUGCUUAGUGAUUUUAUCUAGUUCUGCCCUUUGAACACAUUGAACAAAAAAAUGUUACAGAAUAGCCUGUUAAGAGCGUAUGCAGAGUUUGAUGUAUUUGAAAAGUUGCGUGCGUGCCGCGGUCUUGGCGGUGUGUGUUCCGCUCAUCCCAGAAAAAGCCACUUGUUUGCCGAUACCAAAAAAACAACAUUAUGCAUUUAACCAUCUCAGAUUCCAUGAAGUGUCAUUUAAUUCAGCACCUAAAACUCAACGCCAACUUGAGACCUUGCUUGGAACUGAAGUUAAACUUUACCCUUCUGAUAGCUGAUGCAGUUCCUUUUGACACAACUGGCUUAAUUGGGUAUUGGGGGCGUAGCAAGCCAAACCACACAGAACUCUGGUUGAGGAAAGUCCUGACCUGCACUGUGGCCAUUGUUGGUUCGAAUCCUUACUUGAGAUCUGGGGUUUGUAGUGUGCAAAAAAAAAGUGAUUGAGAGGUGAGUUUUCUUCUGAAUCGGUUGGCAAUUCUUCAAUGUGAUUAAAAUUACACAUCUUUUCAA